AUGACGGAGCAGGAAAACUGCAUUUAUUGUGAUGUGGACCUCGCCGUGCCAGACUCGGGGAGGAACACAAGAGUGGACAGAGGCAGGGGCGUAAAACCAGAUGCAAGGGCCUCCAGCUCCGAGCGUCAGAAACGGCCGCUGUUCCUGGGGGCAGGGCGUCUGGGCUGGGGGCGCCUCCCGUCGGAGGGGAAGGCGCGCGGCCAGGCCAACACGUGUGGGCAGAGAAAGCAGAGAGCAGAGCGGAGGAGACUCGGAAAACGUGGCCCGAGCGCGCAGCGGGCGUCACAGCGCGGGGUCGAGGCACGUGGGCAACGGCCCUCAGCCGGGUGGGGCGACGCCCUCUCAGAUGAGAGCAGUCCUAGUUCGCACACACCUCCCGGGAAAAAGGCAAGCGGUCAGGCCUUCCUCAAACAGCGUCGCGUCACCCUGCAGGUGGUGGCACAGACCAGCCUCCGGAUCACACGCCUCUUCCCUCGAGGCCAGGGCAGAAGCAGGUGA